GCCCAAUAUGAACAACUCUCACUGGCCUCUUUCACCUCUCACAACAUGGAUUUCAACGUGAGGAAACUCGCUACAGAUGCUGGAAUAUUCUUCUCUCGGGCUGUGCAGUUUACAGAGGAGAAACUGGGCCAGGCAGAAAAGACAGAGUUGGAUGCUCACUUUGAGAAUCUGCUGUCGAGAGCUGACUGCACCAAAAACUGGACAGAGAAAAUCUACAGACAGACUGAAGUUCUGCUUCAGCCAAACCCUGGUGCACGCAUCGAAGAGUUCUUGUAUGAAAAGCUUGACCGGAAAGUUCCACCUCGGGCCACUAAUGGAGAGAUAUUAGGGCAGUAUAUGCUGGAGGCAGCGAAGGAGUUUGGAGCAGAAACCUCGUAUGGGAGCACCUUAAUCCAAGUGGGCGACUGCCAGAGGAGGCUGGGCGGUGCUGAGAGAGAGUUUCUGCAGAGCUCAUCCAUCAGUUUCCUCACACCCCUGCGGAACUUCCUGGAGGGCGACUGGAGGACCAUCUCGAAAGAGCGGAGACUCUUAGAGAAUCGUCGGUUGGAUCUGGAUGCUUGUAAAGCCCGACUGAAGAAAGCCAAAGCAGCGGAAGCUAAAGCAGCUGCUGUGCCAGACUUCCAAGAGACCAGACCGCGUAAUUAUGUGCUUUCUGCCAGCGCGUCUGCGCUGUGGAAUGAGGAGCUUGAUAAAGCAGAGCACGAACUGCGUGUUGCGCAGACAGAGUUUGACAGACAGGCAGAGGUCACGCGACUGCUCCUAGAAGGCAUCAGCAGCACACACGUGAAUCAUCUGCGCUGUCUGUGUGAGUUUGUGGAAGCGCAGGCGGUGUAUUACAAACAGUGUCAUCAGUACAUGCAGGAGCUGCAGAGAGAGCUGGGCAGUUCCAGUGGAGAUGUCCCGUCUGCUGUCAUGCCGCUAAAUUCGCAGACUCCACUGGAAACAGAUGUUCUGCAGAUCGAGGAGGUUCAGCCACCUGCCAGCGGCACGCGCAAUGCCAAAGUUCUGUAUGACUACGACGCCGCAGAUUCCAGCGAGCUCUCACUGCGGGCUGAUGAGCUGAUUACGGUGUACACAGUGCCUGGAAUGGACUCUGAUUGGCUGAUUGGAGAAAAAGGAAACCAGAAGGGAAAGGUGCCUGUUACAUAUCUGGAGCUGUUGAGCUAAAGAGGCCACACACACACACACACACACAUACACACAUACAUACACACAUACACAUACACAUACAGUGAUGUCUGUCUGCUUAAAAAGGUACGUUUAUUGAAAAUCAAACUACCAAUUGUGUGUUUACAUGCAUGCCAGGGAAUAAUAGUUGUCUGGGCUUAAUAUUUUCUCCUCGGUUUUAUUUUUAAUAUUACAAUGAUGUCAUAAUGUCUCUACAAGGCUGACAUGAAUUGAUUUUGCAAAAAGCUCAUCGAUAUCGACAUGUUGAGUGGAAAUCAGACCGUACUGAUCUCAUUAAUACCAAGGUAUUAGCCAUUCAGGUUUAUAGAACAUUCAUAGAAAUGUUUUUCUUUUCUUUUAGCGAUUACAUUAAAAUGUAUACUAUUGCAUUUCAGACUUAUAUUAAAUCACACGAAUGUUCUCUGGGGCACGAAAGCCAACCCUCAUAAUUAACAGUUCAUUCACAAAUGCUUGAAACAUCCACUCAUUAUGGAAAGAUGUAAAUAUUUGACUGGCUUUUGCACUAGAAGCUUCUAUUAAUAUGCCUUCCAUUUACAGAAUACAGAUCUUUAGUCAGGUUCUCCUGAAAUUAGAAGCUUGAUAUUAAACGUUCAAAGGUAAUCUAUGCCGUUUAACCGCUUACAUACUUGUUUCCUUGAAGACACUCGUAAAGCCUAAAUUACACACUGCCUUAACAACAUCUUAUAUAGACGACUCAUAAAUCAGUGCAAAUAUUGUCUACACAAGCAGCAUCACUGUUGUUUCCCUUUCACAGCCUUUUACAGAAUAACGUCCCUUGAGGUAAACAUAUUUCUAAUAUUACCAGUCACAGAAUGAUGGAAACCGGAAUAUGAAUGUCAUUCCAGCCUUAAAUUCAUCAUGGAUAAAACAUUGUUUUUCCUGUAUGAAGAACCUGACAGUGCAUCAGUUCCUGCUCUUUUCUCUCAGAGCUUUAAAAGCCAUUAAAAGAAGCAAAGAAGUGGAGAAACCUCAAAACAACUUGUCAAAUAAUUUACAGAUAUCUGGAGGAUAUGUACUGUAUGUGUUUUUGCCACAUUCCAAUGUUCUUUUAAACCUCGUCUUCUGUUUUAAACUAGUUUUGAGUAUUUUAAUGCACGUUUGCUCUCGGUUCAAAAAACUAUACUUGACUGGACUAUUUAAAUGCGUUAGCACCCCCUGUUUUGUUGUAUGAGAUAGCAGUAAUAUUUAUUUAUCACUGAAAAUGUGUUUUCUCUGUUUUGAACGUUUAUAAGCUGUCUGCGCCGUCAUUGGUGCAUAGGACAACCCUUUUUUGUUUUUGUUUUUUAGCUUGUAAAAUCACUUGAUGCUUAAUGUUUUUGAGUGCCAAAGUGCAGCUAAAGAUUAUUUAGAUGUUGUGUUCAUUGUGCAUUAUUUAAUGUGUUUAUUUAACUGUUUUUAUUCUUGUAUUUUAAAUUAUUAUAGUUUAUGUAUAAUGGCCAAAAAUUGACCUCAUGAAAAAACAACCCACAUAAGCAAACAUUUUGAAAGUAAAACAUUUUCCAUUAACCAUGUUCAGAAUGGAAUACUAGCAUACUACUUACUGAAUACUGCGCUUUAUACACUACUGCCUACUAUUUUUGAAAAAUAGUAUGUGAAACAGUAGGCAUUAUGCAACAAUUUGCAAAGAGUACGCUACAUUCUCUCUCUUUAAAUAAUUAAGAUUUACGCAUUUCAAUUUCAUAAACUUCUAUCAAAUUGAAUUGAGUAAUAUUUUAUAAAAUAGAAUAAAAAAACUAAAUAUUUUAUUUUCCAUUAAUUUAAUUUAGUUAAACACUACACAAUUCAAUUUGAUGGAAUUUUGUAAUGAAAUUGAAAUGUGUAAAUUAAAGACACUAAAAUGUUAGUGUUGUUGUCACAUGCCAUCCAGUUAUCAUCUUGGGAAUAAAUAGGGAUAUUUUGCAUUUUAUUUCAAUUUUGUGGAAUUAUGUCUUCACAUUUUGCCGUCCGAUCAAAUAAUGAGUCAAGAUAAAGAUUUCUGUAAUUAUAUCUGGUUUAUUCGUCACAAGUUGACCACUUUGCAUUGUCAUAUAUAUGCUAUUUAUACUACAUAAAUAGUAUGAGUAGUAGUGUAGUAUUCUAUUCUGAGCAUAGCUCUUGUUUUUGAGAGAAGACUCUUCUGCCGGUCUGCAGUGUCAAUAUCUGUUGGUCAAUUGUGUAUGUUUUCCCUGCUGUCUAUUACUCUUCAGUGUAUUUAUUGGCGGCUCUCCAAGCCAUGCGGAGAGAUUCAAGCUUAAUACAAUAUAAUAAAAGUCAUCUUUAUCGACAUAUAA